AUGGGUAGACUAAAAUGUCUCCAGACAUUGACAAAAUUUAUUGUCAGCAAGCAUAAUGGGUCUCGCAUAGGAGAAUUGGGGAAACUUUUAAAACUCAAGGGAAAGCUUUCAAUUUGGGAUCUCCAAAAUGUUGAAUCUGUUAAGGAUGCUUUGGAUGCAAACUUGAAGGAUAGGAAUUACCUUGAAGAGUUGGUGUUACAAUGGAAUGAUACUUCAGAUAAAUUAAAUAUUUCAGACAUUCAAAGAGGUGUGCUCGAAAAUCUCCAACCCCAUAAAAACUUGAAACGUCUCACCAUCAACAACUAUGACGGGGAAAGUUUUCCAAAUUGGAUAGGGCUUCCUUUAUUCUCUAAUAUUACCUAUCUUGAUCUAAGAAAUUGCAAAUAUUGUUGUGCUUUGCCGCCACUUGGGCAGCUUUCUUCUCUGAAUGAACUCUUUAUUGACGGAUUUGAUGAAGUUGUUAAAGUGGGACCUGAGUUUUAUGGAAAUAAUUCUUCUACAAUGAAGCCAUUUGGAAUGUUGAAGUCUCUAAGGUUGGAGAAUAUGUCCAAGUGGGAGGAAUGGUUUCCUUUUUGUGCUGAAAAUGAAGGUGGAGCUUUUCCUCGACUUGAAAAGUUAUAUAUUGUGAUGUGCCCCGAGCUGAGAGGAAGGUUGCCUGUACAUCUUCCUUCAUUAGUCAAACUUGAGAUUAGCAAAUGUUCACACCUUGAGUCUUCGCUCCCCAUAGAGUUGUUCCCAAAACUUACCCGCCUAGAUAUAAUAGGGUGUAAGGAUUUGGAAUCUCUUGCAGUCUCAGAACAGCAUGAACAUGAUGGAAUAACAGACCUCAACAGCUGUCUCCAUACGUUAAUAAUUGAUCGUGGCCUCUCACUUAUUUCCCUUCCUAGGGGUGAUUCACUCUCUGCAUUGAAAAUGCUUUUGAUCAAUGACUGUAAGAAGUUGGAGCUCCCCAUGCACCGGCAAUAUUCAUCUCUCAGUGAAUUGUCCUUGACAGCUUCAUGUGAUUCUCUCACAUUCUUUCCAUUAGACCUAUUCCCAAAGCUGAAGAGUAUCAAAAUUUACGGGUGUAUGAAUCUGAAAUCUCUUGAGCAACACGGACGUGAUUCAGUGAUAUCACAAAUUAAAAUCCAUAAUUGUCCUAAUUUUGUAUCUUUUCCGAAAGGAGGAUUGCGUGCCCCUGCCCUUACAAAGUUUUCCAUAGGAGGUUUUAACAGUCUGAGGUCAAUGCCAGAUAAGAUGCACCUGCUACUUCCGUCUCUUCAGUCGUUAGAGAUACUAGAUUGUCCAGAAGUUGAGUCGUUUCCUGAAGGGGGAUUGCCUUCCAACCUGAAGGAAAUUACGAUCCACAGAUGUAACAAACUCAAUGAGAGCCGGAUGGGAUGGGGUUUGCAAAAACUUUCAUCUCUUGUAUCUUUGAAAAUCGAUGGUGAAACAGAAGAUGUGGAGUCUUUUCCAGGGAUAGGGUUGCUGCCCUCCAGUCUGACGCAUCCUGGAAUCUAUGAAUUUACACAUUUGAAAUGUUUGGACAAUGAGGGGUUUCAACACCUCACUUUCUUCAACAACUGGAGAUCAGUGGCUGCCCCAACCUCAAGUACAUGCCAGAAGAGGGCUUGCCUGCCUCCCUUGACAUAUUAA